AUGCUACAGUCGUUUCAUCAUGGUGAAUUUAUUUUAUUGAUAGAGCAAGAUUUGGAUGUGGGACCUGCAUGGAGGGAGCCACCUGAGUUGGAAGAGGCGCAAAAAGUGAAUCAGAAGCAAGAUUUGGACGUGGCAAUUUGUCAUUUGUCACACUCGUUGUGUUUAUAUCCGACUUCGGUAUCCAAUUGCCAGGGCAACCACGUGGACGUAAAUACCGUCGCGAUUGAUUCUCUAUGCAUCUGA